AUGGAGAAGAAAACAAUUAUAGUCCCAAAUUCAUCUCCUCGUCAGCUUUUACUAGCCCACACCCUGUUCUCCCGACGGGACAUCUGGCGAUACUUGAACGACGAUAUCCGCGAAGACAUCGUUCUCGAGUCGCAACUCCUACUCCUCUCCUUUGCAACCGGCAUUGAAGAUGCAGCCACAUGGCCAGAAUACACGUGCUUCGCCUCCAACCAAACCGGCAACACCCUUUUCCUAGCCAUUGGCGCAGCGGGAUUGGCGAAUGGUCUCUACAGCCUCCCCAACGUCGGCAUGAGUCUCGGCAUGUUCAUCGCCGGCGGACUGGUCAUGGGACAGCUGGGGAAUAUCUUCGGGGGCAGGCGGCGCCUGUGGCUGAUAAUGAGUAGCUUGAUUCAGACGGCGCUGGUGUUUGCGGCGUUGGCCAUCCAGUACUCGAUACCGGUUCGAACAGACGGGCCCGCUGCGUUGGGGGUCAUUGCGUGUCUGGCUUUUUCAUCGGGGGGUCAAGUCGCCAUGGGACGGGGGCUGAAGAUCACCGAGAUCACGACGGCAAUGGCAACGGCGGCAUACGUGGACGUGGUGGUGGACCCGGGGCUGCUGCUGAAGAACAAUCGGACUCGGAACCGGAGGAUCCUCUUCGUCGUGAUGAUCGCGGUGGGAUGCUUUGUGGGUGCGUUUGCGGAGCGAGAGGUCAAUUCAUCAUUUGCUUUGUUGUGCUGCGCACUGGGUAAAGCAAUCGUCACGCUAUCUUUCUUCUGGAACAGAAAAAUUGAGAAAUGA